GUCAGGUUGCACAAGUAGUAUAUGCAUAAUCAAGUCUUGUUCAAAAUGGGAACCCAUGUUUUAUCUCGCAUUUUCUUCCUAGUUCUCUGCAUCUACAGCCUUAGAACCAUGGUUGAUGCAGCUGGAGAAUGCGGGCGAAAUCCCCCAGAUAGAGAAGCCAUCAAGCUGGCUCCUUGUGCAAUGGCUUCACAAGACACAUCUGCGAAAGUGUCUCCAACUUGCUGUGCUCGAGUGAGAGAGAUGGGAAAGAACCCUAAAUGCCUUUGCGCUGUCAUGCUUUCUUCCACAGCUAGGAGCUCUGGAGCAAAGCCAGAGAUCUCAAUGACAAUUCCUAAACGUUGCAAUAUCACUAGUCGUCCCAUUGGAUACAAGUGUGGAGCUUAUACUCUGCCUUGAAGCAGCAGACAGAGCAGUAUACGUGAUCUUCAAAACCAGUCUAAAUUGGCACACGUUCACAUGUGUAUGACUUGUGUAGUUUCAAUAAAAAUUUGGAUCAAAACGGUUGAUUGAUCAUGAAAUGAUAUGACUUGCUACUGAGAUGAUUGUGAGUA